UGAACUCUCGUCCCUGACAGGCGGGCGUUCAGUCCCGGGGUCAUGGGAGGAGGGCUCUGGGGUCCGAGAUGGACGUGCGCUGCUCUCUGUGGCUGGCGUCGGAGCCACCCUGGCUUGACGGCAGGGGUUGCGGAGCGGAUAGAACAUUUUCUUCGGCUGGGACGGAGGGGGCCGGGAGCUGCCGAGAGGGGACUGAGGAGGCUUGGGACGUGGAGGCGCCCGAGCCUGGCGCGGGGUCCGAGCGCGGGGCCGCAGUGGCGGCCGAAGGGCACGAACCCUUUCACGCGUGCGCAGGAGGAGGACUGGCGGCGGCGGAACAAGACGGUGCUCACGUACGUGGCCGCGGCCGCCGUGGGCAUGCUGGGGGCGUCCUACGCCGCCGUGCCCCUGUAUCGGCUCUAUUGCCAGACUACCGGCCUUGGAGGAUCAGCAGUAGCAGGUCACGGAUCAGACCAGGUGGAAAACAUGGUGCCUGUUAAGGACCGGAUCAUUAAGGUUACCUUCAAUGCAGAUGUACACGCCAGUCUCCAGUGGAACUUUAGACCUCAGCAAUCGGAGAUCUACGUGGUACCAGGAGAGACUGCACUGGCAUUUUAUAAAGCUAAGAAUCCUACUGACAAACCAGUCAUUGGAAUUUCUACAUACAAUGUUGUACCAUUUGAAGCUGGACAGUAUUUUAACAAAAUACAGUGUUUCUGUUUUGAAGAGCAAAGACUGAAUCCCCAAGAAGAAGUAGACAUGCCGGUGUUUUUCUACAUUGAUCCUGAAUUUGCAGAAGACCCAAGAAUGGUGAAUGUUGAUCUUAUCACGCUUUCUUACACAUUUUUUGAAGCAAAGGAAGGGCAUAAGCUGCCAGUCCCAGGUUAUAACUGAAGUAGUAUCCAAGUCCUGCUUCAGAUUUGUGAUUUUUGAAAAAUCAUGUAUCUUACAUUCUCAUUGGAGAAGUAUUCUACAGUGUGAAUUGAAAUUUUUUAAGUAGUUCUUUUAUUUCUUCCAGUGAAUUUACUUCACUCAGAUUUAACUUUUACCAUAAGAAACAAAUAAGCCUCAAUAAAGCAUGUGAUUGUUUGAUAUACCUAGGAACUUAACGGUUUAAAAUAAAGUUGGUGGAAACUGAA